CUUCCCUGAAUCAAAAUAUAUCCUGCUCCAGACUAUGUGCCCCGUCCCGUGGGGUGGCUGCCCCGGCCCCGCUGGCUGCCCCCACCCACCAGCCCUGCGUGCGGCAGUGCCCCGACUCCACGGUGGUGAUCCAGCCCCCACCCUCCGUCGCCACCUUCCCCGGGCCCAUCCUCAGCUCCUUCCCGCAGUACAGCGUUGCUGGCUUGGUGGGAGCGCCCAGCAUUGGAAGGGACUAUGCUGGCACUUCUGGAGGUCAUGGUGGUUUUGGAGGCUAUGAGGGCUCCUGGAGCUAUGGAGGCCUUGGGGGCUACAGACACUGUGGGUUUUCUGGGGGCUACGGAGGCUUUGGAAGCUGCAGAUAUGGUGGUUGGGGCCGAGGCCACAGGUAUCUCAGAGGCAACUGUGGGUCUUGCUAA